GGUGAGGAACCGAGAGAGAGACAGCAGCAUUUCUGUGAACCUCCUGGAGGUAUGAGAUCACAUCAGAAGACUGGAUGCCACGAACAGGGAUCGUUUUGACGCACAUUCCCAGGAAACGCAGGAGGAAUAAGUGCUGCCUUGAUAAUCAUUCCCAAAUUGGAUUAAUAAAGCGCUUUAUCUCAGCAUCAGAAGCUUCACAGACUCGCUCUUCAGCCUAAUUCCACAACUUCAUGCUUUCUUCACCCGUCUCGAGUGGAGUUCUCUGGAGCGAGAGGCAUCCAUGCACAUUCACUGAGCAGCAUGUUCCAUGAGGAGUACCAUGAGGAGAUGGACAGUGAGUAACAGUGUGUCUGCAUGCUGGUCGGUGUGUGUCGUCUAUCUUCUCGCCGUCUCCGUGAUCUUCGCGUCCAGCGUCACCUGCGGCAGCGCAUGUUCCGUGCAUCGGGCGCUCAGGGUCGCCAACUCCUCAUCCGCCUCCACCUCCGGCCGGCAUGUGCGCAGCUACGUGCACCUCCAGGGAGACGUGCGCCAGAGGAAACUCUUCUCCUUCCAGAAGUUCUUCCUUAGGAUCGGGAAAGACGGGAGAGUCAACGGCACCAAGAGCAAAGACGAUCCCUACAGUAUUCUGGAAAUCACAUCAGUGGAUGUUGGGAUCGUUGCCAUCAGAGGAAUCGGCAGUAACCUUUACCUGGCUAUCAGUAAGAAGGGAGAACUGUAUGGAGCGAGAAACUACGGUAUAAACUGCCGUCUGAAGGAGCGCAUCGAGGAGAACGGGUAUAACACAUACGCAUCCGCCGAGUGGAGGAACAAGAAGCGCCAGAUGUUUGUAGGUCUGAGCGCUCAUGGAAGGCCUCUGCGCGGGAGAAAAACCCGCAGGAAGAACACCGCUACACACUUCUUACCCAUACUGGUGUGA